AUGGACAAAUAUGUGUCAGACUUUCCAGCUACGCACCACGGAUAUCGAAUGUGGAUUGGUAACUCACAAAAGAAGAGCAGUGCAGUAUCACACUACGAAUGCUACCGCUCAGGCUAUCCCUCUGGUCGAUCUGCUCUCAUAGGAACAACAAAAUCAGCUCGUAUUGGAUAUCCCUUCAAACUAGACACCCGAUAUCUUUAUCAUUCAUCAUCAUGGAUCCUCAUUCAUACUCACCUCGGUCACAAUCACCUGCCCGAUCCCCAAGUCAAACCUCACAAGAAGCAUAAAGACCCCAAUGCUGGACCCAUUCUAGCCCCAGGAGUUGUUCUUGAUGAGGACACAGGAUCAACUUCGCUUGAACCAGCAAAUGUAAUAACACAUAUGAAUUCAAAGAUUGAAACCCACAUGACACCUGAAGGAGCCAAACCACUGACAACCACAACCAAAUUUCUGAAAACGCAAGUCCAACCUACCUUAACAGCAACACCACGUGGCACCACUCAUCCAUUGAUCAAUGAAAACAUCAGACAGCCCGACCAAGAUCUUGGGCCAUUGUCCAAAACUCUUAAAUGUACUCCACCUCGACACCGGUACUAUGACAUUGAAGCCAAACUCAACACGCUUGACUCUCUUGAAUCGACACUUUCAAUGCUCCGGGCCCAACUCUGCGCUAUGGCGCCACAUCGACGACAGGCAGUUCUAACAAAACUCCACACCAUCAUCCGUAAUGAAGGCAUGAUAAACGAUGAAUGCAAAUUACCUACGGCAUUCCUGCCAGAACCCCCUGCGCCGACUCUGUUUCACGAUUCAGUAAAUGACACCUUGAUCACACCUCACACCUCACCAGCACGAGCCCUUCAAGAGCUUUCAGUAAGCAUUGAUUCAAGUCGAGACGCUGUUUGA